AUGGCACACGUCGCUGCAGACGAGAUGGAUUUAUUCGGAGAAGAUGAUGUAGACCAAACGACGCGCGUACACGCUCCAAUAGCGCAUUCAGAUGAUUCAGAAAACGACGGGGGAGGAAUAGACGACGCGGAAAGAAGGAAAAGAAAGGCAUUGGAAUAUGAAGAGGAUGAAGACGCGCCGAUUCCGGACAAGCUACCGGGUGUCGAGGAAGAUUAUGUCUUGCCGACACUGGGCGUACCACGGAGUUCAGACGGAAAGGUCUGGAUGCUUCGAUUGCCGCAAUACCUGAAAGUCGACUCUCACCCGUUCCAUCCUGACACGUUCCAAGGCUACUCGGACAAAGACAAGAGCCAAGCGAGUGCCAUAAAGCUCGAGCUAACGAACACUAUUCGAUGGAAAUGGAUUCGGAAAGACGAUGGGACCAUGGCGAAACAAUCCAACGCACGGGUCAUCAAAUGGGAUGACGGGACGAUGAGCCUUCAACUGGGCAACGAAAUGUUUGACAUUUCGACAACGGACGAAACCACCACCACCCAUCGUGGAACGGAGACGCCUCCGCUGUCGCAAUCGCAAUCGCAAUCGCAAUCGCAGUCACAGUCACAGUCAAAGUCACAACAAACGAACAGUAUGCGCCAGCAUGGCGUGUCGUAUCUAGUCACCCAACAUAGUGCCCAGCAGCUCCUCCAGGUCGAGGCUACUAUCACGGGCUCGAUGAGUCUGCGCCCAGCUGUGGGCACACAAUCGACUCUACACCGUCAGCUCGUGCAAGCAGUCGCCAAGAAGCACAGCAAAGUUUCCAAACUUCGAUUUGCAUCAGAUGCAAUGAUGCGCGAGGCUGAGCGCGAAGCCGACGCAUUGGCAAAACGCAAACCACGUUCGACGUUGGGACCACGGACGAGUUCAGGACGGGGUGGAGAAGGUACAGGCGAGGGAGGUGUGAGGAGGAGAAGCAGAAUGGCAGAACGCCGAAGAAGGGGCGAGUUUUCAGACGACGAGGAUCAAGAUGACGCUAUGGAGGGCACCCGCGCGACAUUUGGGGGGGCUGGUGGACGAGGUGGGCUGGGUGAAUAUGAAGAGGACGACUUUCUGGUGGGGGAUUCGGACGAGAGCGCAGAUGCGUCACCGAAGAAGAAGCAACGCAAAAGACGUGCGGCGGAAGAGGACUCUGCAGAGGAAGAUGUGGGCGACCUGGAUCGGCUGGACGAGAUGGAUGAAAGGAUUGAACGCGAUCGUAAGAGCAAGGCAACGCAGGAUGAAGACCAGGAAAUGGAUGAGGAGGAUGAGGAAGAAUCGAGGAUUCGAAAGUCUUCUGGCAAGCGCAAGGCAUUCAUCGACAGUGACGAAGAAUAG